UUCCAAGACGCCAUUUUCCCCCUUUUUUUUUUUUUUUUGGUUGUUUUUUUUUUUUGGUUGUUUUUUUUUUUUUUUUUUUCCCUCGCUCUAUCUCGCUCUAUUUAUCCCCUCCGUAUCUAUCUGUGUCUCAUCUCCCGGGCUGUCUCUCCGUCUGUGUGUCCGUCCAUCUCUCUCUCUCUCUCUCUCCCCGCGGUGCCUUCCUCCUCCUCCUCCUCCUCCUCCUCCUCCUCCUCCCGCCGCGCUCCUCCCUGUGCGCUCUGCGUGCGCGGCGCGGCGCGGCCGGGCGCUCCCCUCAUCCCCAUCUGACAGAUGAACACCGCCAUGGGUUUGCCGCAACACAAGCAAAAGCACCUUUGGGGGCUGUGGCGAGGGAUUGAAACCGGGAUCUAAAACAGAACAGACAAGAAGAAGGGGGGAAAUCCGACGACGACGAGGAGGAGGAGGAGGUGGAGGAGGAGGAAGAAAGAAGAAGAAAGAAGAAGAAGAAGAAGAGGAGGAAGCUGCUAAGAAGACCCCCGCUGCCGUUUUGGGGAUAUGGUGGCACAUUUGGUCUCUUCUGAGCAUCUCGCAGCCUCUGGGUGACCGGGACAUUGAAUUUGGUGGACAGUUGCCAUUCGCUCCCUGGGAUCGUAUCCGCCCUUGCUUCCCUCGUCCCCUUCCGUGCUCCCCUUCCCUCCAGCCAAACCCCGGGGCGUUGCGAUAUUGCCAUGGAGCCCAGAGAGACUUUGAGCAGCUCCCGGCAAAGGGGAGGCGAGGCAGACUUUCUGCCAGCUGCCGUCACCUCCACCAAGGCCUCGCCAGUCUCGGGCUGCGCAGGGGAGACGAUGCUGUCUUCGUCGGGAGCGGGGAAAGGGAUCCCGGUGGGCAGCGAGAGGCUGGAGCCUGAGGAAGAGGAUGAGCUGGGUUCCGGGAGAGACGUGGAUUCCACUUCCAAUGCGGACAGCGAGAAAUGGGUGGCGGGAGAUGGCCUGGAGGAGCAGGAGUUUUCCAUCAAGGAGGCUAACUUCACGGAGGGGAGUUUAAAACUAAAGAUCCAGACCACCAAGAGAGCGAAGAAGCCCCCAAAGAACUUGGAGAACUACAUUUGCCCUCCCGAGAUCAAAAUCACCAUCAAGCAGUCUGGGGAGCAGAAACUUUCCAGAACUGGGAAAAAUAGCAAAACAACUAAAGAGGAGGACAGAUCACACUCCAAAAAGAAGGGAAAAGUCAUUGGAGAUUCAAAACUGCUUAUGAGUUGUGGUUGCAGAAAAGGGAAAAAUUCUCAAGUGAAAGACUCAGAUCAGAGUCAGAUGAAGAAUUUGGGAAGAGAGUGUGGGUUCCCUGUGCAGAGUCCAGUGACGAAAUCUGUGAACAAGGUUUAUGACAGGCCACAAAAACAUUCUGCUCUGCACUAUGAUCCAGGCCUCCAACAAGACUUCACCAGUGACACCUUAAAAUCAAAACACCAGCAGAAAAGUAGCAACCAGCACCACCUUGACUGGUCAGCAAGCUCCGACACUGGACCUGCUUCUCAGAGCUGCUUCAUCAACACAGAGCCCAGCAGAGAAGCAAUUAGUGCCACCAAGGUCUCUGCUCUGGAGCCAGGAGUUUCCUACAGCAAAUCCCAGGCCAAGAAGUCCUGCAGCAGCAGCAGCAGCAGCAGCUCGUGGGGGCAGCUGUCGGUCAGUAGUAAGGAGCUGGCAAUUUGCAGCACAGUCCCAUCACCCAACAGCAUCAGCACGGCCACCCAGCCCAGCAGUGCCUCCGAGUGCAAUGGGCUUUUGCCUCUUGGAGAUCAAGAGGGAGCUGUGCAGCUGGAGGCCCCCGAUCAGCCCGCUGGAAGUAUGAAGAAGAAGUCCAGCAAGAAGGACUUGAUGAGCCAAACCAUGCAAACCACAGAUAUGGAGUGGGUAAAGAGCGCUCAGAAAGCGUUUGACAGCAAAUCCCAUGACAGCAUGGAAGGGAAAAAGGAGUCUUACACGAUGGACAGCAUGUUGGAUAUGUCACCCUCGAAGCAGAAUCCCGUUUCUGCCGUCACUUGUGAAAGUGACACCAAUCACGUGCGAAUUACUAUCCCAAUAAAGUCUCCGACAACAGAUGCGUCUGGCCACAAAAGGAAAAAGAGGCAAUCCAUUAAAUCCUCCAUAGAGAAAACUAUCCAGGAGAAAAGCCUGCCUUCCGUGCUUGCUUUGAGCAGUGAAAUGGCAAACAGGACCAGCUCUCAACCAGAGGGGAGUAAAAAAGAUCUACGAGCCACAAAGCCAGGGAAAGUGAUUGAAAAUGAGUCCCCCUUAGUAGCAAUUGACAGCGGUGUGUUCACAGACAAAGUGUCCCCCAACAGCGCUGCCCGACCCAGAAAACCUCUACCUGUGACAUCCACUCUCCUCCCCACCAAUCUUUCCACAGCUGGCAAGUUACCUGACAUCCAGCACCCCAAACAUGCAGCUAAGCGUCGGUGGACCUGCAGCAAACCUAAACCUAUUAUUCGGGAGACCUCCCUGACGACGUCUGAGAAGCUGAUGGUGGAACCUCCUUCAGCCUAUCCCAUCACACCAUCCAGCCCUCUGUACACCAAUACAGACAGUCUUACUGUGAUCACACCUGUCAAGAAAAAAAGAGGACGACCAAAGAAACAGCCUUUGCUCACUGUUGAAACCAUCCACGAGGGGACCUCCACCAGCCCAGUGAGCCCAAUCAAUCGUGAAUUUCCAGGAACAAAGAAAAGGAAGAGGAGAAGGAAUCUGGCUAAGUUUGCCCAGAUGGUUCCAGGAGAGGACAAAUCCAUCAGUGAACUCAAAUUUCACAAAAAAGUCGGGAAACUUGGGGUCUUGGAUAAGAAGACCAUCAAGACCAUUAAUAAAAUGAAAACCCUCAAGAGGAAGAACAUUCUCAAUCAGAUCUUGUCCUCCUGCUCCAGCAGCAUAGCUCUGAAAGCAAAAGUCCAGCCACCAUCUAGUGCUGGGCCGACCACCAUUGAUGCCAGGCUAGGGAAGCAGAUCAAUGUCAGCAAGAGGGGGACUAUCUACAUUGGUAAAAAACGGGGCAGAAAGCCAAGGGCAGAGCUGCAGGCUCAGCCAGAAGAACCUAAGACAGCCAUCAAGCACUCAAGGCCUGUUUCCAGCCAGCCAGAAAACCCAGCAGUGCCUUCCAACCUGCAGUCACUUGUGGCAUCGUCACCAGCAGCUAUUCAUCCGCUUUCAACGCAAUUAGUGGGGAUCAACGGCAACCUCAGCCCUGCAAGCACUGAAACUAAUUUUUCAGAGUUAAAAACUAUGCCAAAUCUUCAACCUAUCAGUGCUCUUCCUACAAAAACCCAGAAAGGAAUGCACAGUGGAACUUGGAAGCUGUCUCCGCCCAGGCUAAUGGCUAAUUCUCCUUCUCACCUCUGUGAAAUAGGUUCUCUGAAAGAAGUCACGCUGUCGCCAGUGAGCGAGUCUCACAGUGAGGAGACCAUCCCGAGCGACAGUGGGAUAGGUACAGACAACAACAGUACCUCUGACCAAGCCGAGAAAAGCUCAGAAUCCCGCCGGAGAUACUCCUUUGAUUUCUGCACCCUGGACAAUCCAGAGGCUAUCCCAUCUGACACCAGCACUAAGAACAGGCAUGGUCACCGGCAGAAGCAUCUCAUUGUGGAUAACUUUCUCUCUCACGAAAGUAUUAAAAAGCCAAAGCACAAGAGGAAAAGGAAAAGCCUGCAGAACAGAGAUGACCUCCAGUUUCUGGCAGACCUUGAGGAACUCAUCAAUAAGUUUCAAGUGUUCAGGAUUUCCCAUAGAAGUUAUACAUUUUAUCAUGAAAAUCCAUAUCCCAGCAUCUUCAGGAUUAAUUUUGAUCACUACUACCCUGUGCCAUAUAUCCAGUACGACCCAUUGCUCUAUCUUCGCAGGACCUCUGAUAUGAAGUCUAAGAAGAAGCGUGGUAGACCUGCCAAAACCAAUGACACCAUGACAAAGGUGCCUUUUUUACAAGGGUUCGGUUACCCUAUUCCCAGUGGGAGUUACUAUGCACCCUAUGGAAUGCCUUACACAUCAAUGCCUAUGAUGAAUCUUGGUUACUACGGUCAGUACCCAGCUCCUUUGUACCUGUCUCACACGCUUGGAGCGGCUUCCCCAUUUAUGAGACCUACCGUGCCCCCACCCCAAUUCCAUGCAAGCUCUCACAUGAAGAUGUCCACCACUGCCAAACACAAAGCAAAACACGGAGUGCACCUGCAAACCCCUGUGGGAAUGGGCCUUGGAGACAUGCAGUCCUCCCUGGCCCCUCCGAAGGUUGGAGGAACAAGCCUUUCAAGUGGCCGACUUCACAAGAGGAAACACAAACACAAGCACAAGCAUAAGGACGAGCGGAUACUGGGGACUCACGAGGAUCUGAGCGGUCUCUUUGCUAGCAAGUCCACUGGCUUCUCCAGCCACGCCAUCAACGAGAGGCUGAGUGGCUCAGACAAAGACCUGUCCUUGCUCAACGAGAAGAGCAAGCACAAGGAGAAGCAGAAGCACCAGCAUUGUGAAACCGGGCACAAAGGCUCAAAGAGUAACUUUGAAGUGGAUACGCUGUCUACGCUAUCACUUUCUGAUGCCCAGCAGUGGUCACAGAAUAAAGAUAAAAGCGACUCAAGCGGUGAUCCCAUUGACUCUUGCACAAAGAGAUACUCUGGUAAUACUGAGAGUAAUGGAAGGUCAGAGUCCCUGGACAUGUUUGGUGAAAUAAAUUCCUCAAGUGAGAAGCGGGACAAUGAUGCAAGUGGGAAUAAAAGAAGAAGCUUUGAAGGCUUUGGAACUUACAGGGAAAAGGACAUUCAGCCCUUCAAGACAAAUAGGAAGGACAGAAGUACUUUUGAUUCUUCAGCCUCUUCAGGAAUUGCAGGUCCCCACUUAAAAGCAGACCAGACUUCACUUCAUGGUAAAAUGGAAAGUUCUGCCUGUAAUGCGAUGACCAGAAGGAAACCAGCAGCUGUUGACAGUGUUGCAAUGCCAAGUCCAGUAUUAUCUCUCCUACCUUCAUCAUCAGCAACAUCUGAAGCAGCCAGCUCACCGCUGAAGAAAAGGUUCAAGCGCCGUGAAAUCGAAGCAAUCCAGUGCGAGGUGCGCAAGAUGUGCAACUACACCAAGAUCCUGUCCACAAAGAAGAACCUGGACCAUGUGAACAAGAUCCUGAAAGCCAAGCGGCUGCAGAGACAAUCAAAGACAGGCAAUAACUUCGUGAAGAAGAGGAGGGGGCGUCCUCGGAAGCAACCCCUUUCCUUUGACGAAGACUCCAGAGACCAAAUGCCCGUUCUGGAAAAAUGCGUUGACCUUCCGAGCAAAAGAGGUCAGAGACCCACACUCAACCCGUUAAUGUUGGAGCAAGCAGCCACUCAAGAUACAAUCAUGGCCACCAUCGAGGCUGUCAUACACAUGGCUCGAGAGACGCCACCGCUGCCGCCUCCUCUGCCUCCUCCACCCCCUCCACUCCCUCUCCCUCUGCCCCGGGCGCCCCGGGUCGGAAAAAGGAAAAACAAGUCCCCGCAGGAGGAAGAGGAGGACGUGAAAGUGAAGCGGCACCGUAAGGGCAGAGGGAGCGAAAGCGAAGGCCUUCCCUAAGGCCAGUGCACCUCGUGAGAUGUUGGGUGCCCACAGUGGAGCACGCCAGGACUGGGGGACAGGAGGUGCACAGUCGGCCUCACCCCUUUGGCAGCACCAGACUGACCUGUCCCUUCAGCAGCCAGAACUCAUUGCAGAGAGCUGUGCCAGCUGGGGCGCGCAUCUUUCCUCUUCAUCGCUUUGACCCAAGCCACCCCCCCAAGGAAAGAGGGGGGAAAGGUGCGGGAAAAGUGGGGGAUACAGGGGAGGAGGAUGUGUGUCAAAGUUGGAAAAAGCAUGAACUCUGCCGAGUUUCCAAAACUAAUCUGAAUCUCAGCAUUGCUGUUCUCAUACCGUACCCAGAGGCUGGAAGUCAUCCUCGCAGAUAGCGGAACAUUGUCACUAAGGGUGCAUGCUCGACUCUGAUUCUGUUUGGUGGGCCAGGUGGAACUAAGAGUAACUUUACCAUAGUAUAAAUCACUGUAAAAAAGCAAAAAAAAAAAAAAGGAAAAAAAAAAGAAACAAAGAAACAAAGAAAGAAACAAAGAAAGAAACAAAGAAGAAAAAACCCAACAAAAAUUAAUGUAAUUUUCUCAACUGUGAUAUUGGUUAUAACCUAUUUGAUUUUUUUUUUCCAGUUUUAUAUACCUACCAGGCUUUGGGACAGCAUAAGCCAAAAUGCCUGGCUCCUGCUAGAACUAUAUAUUUCUUUCUCAUUUACUUGCCUAGUUACAACUAGCUGCAAUAUAGGCAAUAGAAAAUUAGAGCCUUACACGCGUGCACACUAAUUCCGAGUGCUAUCCCAAGAAACGAUGGAAUAUCACAGCAUUUAAAAUAAGGUAUACACGGAUAUUCGGUUACAAUAACACGUUUAUAUGAAGCAACUUGGCAAUGGCAUGUGAAAAAGGGGUCAUCCAUCAGCCAAGUUGUUUUGAUGCUCGGUACAUAUGAGUAGAGAACAGCAAGACACUUCUGGGGAAUAGUUAUAGUAAACAUGGAAAAAAAUCACCAAAAAAAUAAUAUAAAAAAGAUAAAAGGAAAAAAAAUAGGACACAAAAAAAAAAAAAUAGAAUAAAAACCAGAACCCAAAUCUACCAAGUUUUUGCCAUCUGCAAUUCCCAGUGAAAUUAACGGGAAAACCAGAAUAUUAAUAAUUUGCUUUGGGUAGCAAUGCCUUGAUAUUAUCUUUUAAAGAAAAUAGAUAAAGUAGAUUGUUUUAAAAAAAUAUAGAACAAACCCUAUGGAUAAUAGAUCCUUUCUUGGCAAUUAUUUCUGAAAAAAAAAAAAAAAAGAAAAGGAAUAAGUGUUCUUAUCUGAAAAUAGAAAUAAAAAUGUUCAAAGGGUAUCACCACUGCAAUUGUAUUAAUGCCACUUUGGACAUGUUCUCCAAGUUGUGGUUGCCUUAAUAAACUAAAAAAUAAUUUUUUUUUUGUACAUAAUGUAAUUAUAAAGCUCUCAGUCUGCAUGGAUGCAAACUGUGUGUGACAAAUCGUCUCUUUAAAUGGUCAGUUCAAAUUGUACAUUUCUCAUUCGAGUUGUCCGUUAGCCAUUGAUAAAACUUGGGUAAAAUACCCAAGCUCCAUAUCCACAGCCCAAUUAAAAUGUUUCACUAAAACAAAGACUGAACAAAAAACUGUUCCAUUGCAGUGUCAAUGCUUUUAAAAAAGAAAGUAAAUUGUUGAAAUUUGAAAUAGGUACUUUCAACUAUAUUUCCUUUCUUUUUAAAUCCUGCGGUGCACUCAACACCUAGCAUGGCAAGAUGGAUAUUAAAAUGGGAACAGGGAGGGAAGAUUCCACCAAGGGAGGGGGGAUUGGAAUUUCUUAAUGGUUGACAAGCCAAAUUCUAUUCCCUUUUUCAAGAAAUCUUGAAUUGGUUUAUUGCCAAGGAAGCUUCAUAUAGCACGACACUAAAAAAAAAAAAAGCAAAAAAAAGAAGAACUACAAGAAAACCCCACCAAAAAAACAAAACAACAAACUCAACGAAAAGUCCCCACAAAAAAAUAUUGUGUUUCUAUUCUGUUAUUUAUUUACAAAAAUCAUAUCAAGACUAUGGUGUUAGAGGAACACUGUAAACAUACAACUCGUUGUUUUUUAGAGACUGAUUUUUCUUCUGUGAUAGCACCUUAGCUUAUUAAAACUGAACGCAUAUGGGGAUAGGAUUGCGUCGGGGAGCUGGAAGAGGGGAUGUAUUAUUUUUUAUUUUUUUAAGACUGGAACAAAUUUUGAGGUCCUAACUCCUUAAAACUGAUAAGAGGGAUCGCAGAAUUUUGUUUCCAAUUUGUUUUGCAUCAUUCAUCAUACCUAUUUGUGCUUUUUGUUUUCCAAUUAAUGCAGCUUAGAAAUAAAUUGGCUGGUUGCUCGUUCUGUUAAAACCAAUUUUGCUUUUCAGCUCUCUUGAAUUAGCACAGUGUUAUUGACUGAAGUUGUAGGCCUGCAGAAAAAAACCCUAAACCUCAUUGAACUCCUCUCUUCUUCCUUAUAAAACAUUGGAUUGAGGUUUAGUUAACUUAUAAAUCUUUUAUUCCCAAUCUCCUUUGGGCUUGAAAGUAGGUGACAGUCACUUACAAUGACAGAAAAAAAUCGUAAGUUUAGUAUUCCAGGUAGCUGAAAUUAAGCCAAAAAACUUAUCCUUAGUUUUAUCUCCAGCGAUGUCCUUCCUAACGUUGAAGGACAUUUCAGUGUGUAGCGAGGGAAAAGUAGGUCUGAAGGCAACAAAUUCUGCCAUCCAAUGGCCAUCGUGGCUUCCAGAGGGUCAGAGUGCCCCCAAGGGCUGGAUUUGGGCUGGACCUGUCUGGACACACUGGGAUAAAACUGCCCCAGGGAAGGAUAAUGGAGUGGCUGCUGCUUCUCAAGCUCCUGAGAUUUGGGAAAAGAAUGCUCUUAUCCUUCCAAAAAGUGCUAUCCAAAAGGCUGCUAGAGGCACAGUGUUUAAGGAGAGCAUCCACAUGGAGGGAACAACCCCACAGACCCUUCGUUGAGCAAAACCAUGAAGGGGUCCUAUUUGUCCUAGAGAAACUAAGCUCAGGACUUGGUAGCUAAAAGCUCUCAGCAUGGGAUGGGCUCUACCCAGAAGAUCAAGGUUUGUGUUUUCAUGGCAAGAAGGUGCUGGUGGAGCGUGGUGCUGUGGUUCAGCUUUGGAUGUUUGUCCACACAACACCCUCAUGCAGCUGGUCCUGGGCUGACAGGGAGAGUGGCUUGUUAGUGUCAUAAACAGCAGACUGAAAAUAUUGUUAGAUGGCACUCAGAGUUUGUGUUCUGCAUGUUGCAUAGUCUAUAAAGAUGAUAAGAAAGUUGCUGACAGAAUAAUAUUUUAAGGCGAUGUACUACAUGCAGAUCAUAAAGGAUUUAGUUUUAGGGCUUAAGGCUAAAAUCCCACUCCUGCCGUUUAUUACCCAACAAUAUUACAGUAAUGAGCUUUUUGAGGUUUUUUUUUUCCCUUACCACAAGGAAGAUUUACUGAGGAACUCUCUGGAUUCUCUCCACACAUUUCCAAAUACUGUAUAAUACUGGGGUGAAAGCCCUUUUGCUUACUAAGACCAAAAAAACCUUUCAAACACCUCCACUGUGUCACAGAUUAGCACACAUCUGAGCAUGCUUCAAUAAAAACACAAAACAGUAUCACGUGGCUGUGAGCCAUAUGAAAUAAGGCCACGGGUUUGCAUCCACUCUGUGGGUCUUUUAUUCCUCAAUCCAGUGUAAAACCAGAAAUGGGGAUAAAUAUUCAGGGAGAGAGGAAAAAAAAAAAAAAAAACAAAAAAAAAAAACAUUACCACUUGUGUCUCCAAGACCUUCAUGCUGCCAGUUUCUUGAGCCCUUCAAUAUUAAAUUUUCUGUGAAGCACCUUGCAUGUUUUUGGAUAACUGUAAAAAAGAAAUGGAAAAAAAUAAAUUUAAAAGAGGUGAAAAUAGUCAUCAGCUACCCAAGUAUCCUACAGCAUGGCCCAUUUGGCAGAAAUGUUGUGGAACAUAGAAUAUUCUAAUUGUGACUACUUGGGUAGCAUCUGGUGCAAUGGGGUGCCAGUUCAUCACAAGGACUUCAGAGCACUACAAUAAAGCACCAAAUAAACAUAAAUCAUUGUUCCAAACACAAGGAUUUCCCUAACUCUUAUUUUCACAGGCCCUGAUUCAGGACUGCACGUAAGCACAUCUAAUGAGCAUCCUGAAGACUUUGAAGAACAAGUAAAAGAAUACAGGGAAAAGGGAAACAAAAAAAAAAACACCAAAAUUUUUUUAUAAAAGGAAAAAAGAAUCCAAGAAACAAAACCAGGAUGGUUUUCUGAAUUGAAAAAAUAAACAUCUUGCCCUUGUAAUGCCUCUUCUUUCCAUAUCAUCCAAAAACUGGGGUGCAGCAGUUCUGAGAUAAUUAGAAGCACAUUUCAACAAAGAACACAUAUUGGAGAUCUCCUUAAGAUGCCUGCCUAGUUUGCAUAAAACACUACAUAGAAAAAAAAAGAAAAAGAAAAAAAUAUAAAAACAUGAAAAGAGCUGCCAAUUGGACAACAUGGGGAAGCAGUUCAAUCCCAUGUUGGUUUGUUUUACUUUUCUUUUUCUUUAUUUUUUAAGCUAUUUCUUAAAUAAUAAAUGCACAUGAAGUGUUAAAUAUGUAUAUACUGUAUUUCAAAAAAUUAAAAAAUCAAACGAAUGGGGCACAAGAUUGUUCUAUAAGUCGUGCUGGCUAAUUUUUAGUUUGUAUUCAUAAGUGGUUUUUAAAAGCCUUUUUUAAAGUGUAAUUUGCAUGUUCUACUUUGAUUGUAUGUAAACAUAUUUUAGAGCAAAAAAAUGUAUUUGUAUUUUAUUGAAUAUAGAGGCAAGAAAAAAACUUGUACAUUGUUUGAAAUGUUCUUUUUGUAACAGUUUUUAUUCAUGAAGCAUUUUUGUACAUUUAAAAAUGGAUAUGGACUUGAUGUUCUUUGAGGCUUAGAUACAUCUGGCAUGCUUUAAUGUCAUGCUCCUUCAUGAUCUUAGAUGUUGGUUUUUAAACAUUUUUUUCUAAAACAAAGCUCAGUCUUUUCGCUACCAAAUCAGGUUAGCACAGUAUAGAGCACUUAACUAAAAAAAAAAAAGAAAAAAAAAAGUUAAUCCUAUUCAUAUGUUAUUCAUUGUGUGAAAUUAAAGGAAUUCAAUUCAGU